CAUCAUCGCGUAUGAAAACCAGGAAACGCGCAGGUAGAACAGUCGAGAACAGAGUGAAAAAGAAAAAUUGUAGAUUUUGGGGCACUGGGAAUAUUUUGCGCCGUUUUUAAAGCGAGCAGGAUUGCAUUAAAGCGCCGCACGUUUUUUUUAUCCAUCUGAAAAAGCAAACGACGCAGUGAAAGAUGUCCCAAGACUCCUCUGUGCUGAGGGAGGAAGGAAACAACUACUUUAAAGCCGGUGAUGUGCAACAAGCUCUCAGCUGCUACACCAAAGCCCUAAAGAUCAGCGACUGUCAAUCCGAGAGUGCAGUUCUGUACCGCAACCGAUCAGCAUGCUAUCUUAAACUUGAAGACCACGCCAAAGCAGAGGCAGAUGCCACCAAAGCUUUGGACGUGGAUCAAGGUGACGUCAAAGCCCGAUUCCGUCGAGCGCAGGCUCUGCAGAAGCUCGGACGGUUAGAUCAGGCGUUUAUGGACGCUCAGAAAUGCGCACAGCUGGAACCCAAGAAUAAAGCUUUCCAGGACCUGCUUAGGCAGCUAGGAGCACAGAUCCAGCAGAAGGCAGCACAGCUCUCCUCCACGGACUCACGAGUUCAGCAGAUGUUCAAACUCCUGCUGGAUAGCUCAGCGCCGAUUUCAGACAGACAGAAGGCCGCUCAGAAUCUGGUGGUGCUUUCUCGGGAGGACGCAGGCGCCGAACAGAUCUUCAGAAACGAUGGAGUCAGGCUUCUCCAGAACCUCCUCGACUCUCGGCAGGAGGAUCUGAUCCUUUCUGCUCUCAGAACUCUGGUUGGCCUGUGCACCGGACACCAGUCAAGGACCGUGGCCAUUGUGAACGAGGUGGGCAUGGACAGGUUGUGCGGCGUCAUGGGUUCUGCUGCUUCCACCGUGUCUCUUUCAGCGUGCCAUCUGAUCCAGGUGAUGUUCGAGGCUCUUACAGAGGGCAUGAAGAAAGAGAUCAGAGGAAAGGAUGAAGCCAUACUGCCAGAACCCUCCUGUGAGUUGCGUUCUAUGUUGCGUCAUCUAAUUGACAUGCUUCCUGCAUCCAUCGUGUCUGGAGCCGGACGUGACAGCGCCAUCAACCUGCUGGUCAAACAGGUGCCGCGGAAAUCGCUGAAAAACCCAGACAACUCUCUCACCCUGUGGGUCAUCGACCAGGGGCUGAAGAAGAUUCUAGAAGUAGCAGGUACUGUACCCGAGGUCGAAGGUGGGCUGCCGCUCACGGACAACACUCCUAUGAGUUGCUCCGUUCUGCUCAACAAGCUUUACGAUGACCUGAAGAGUGAUAAAGAGAGGGAAAACUUCAACAGGCUCUGCGAAGAAUAUGUCCAGUAUCACUUUGGCAGCUCAGAUAUGGAGAGUAAACUACGAGCGAUACAGACGGUCUCUGUGCUGCUGCAGGGUCCCAGUGACGUGGGAAAUCGCACCCUGGAGCUGAGCGGUGUCAUGGAUGCCGUCAUCGCCCUUUGUGCGUCUGAAAACAUCACUCAGCAGCAGGUGGCAGUGGAGGCGCUCAUUCACGCCGCCGGAAAAGCCAAGAGGGCAUCCUUCAUCACGGCCAAUGGCGUGGCUCUGCUGAAAGACCUGUACAAGAAGAGCGAAAAUGACCGGAUACGUGUGCGAGCGUUGGUGGGGUUAUGCAAGCUUGGCUCCGCUGGAGGCACAGAUUUUAGCAUGAAACAGUUUGCAGAGGGUUCAACACUUAAACUCGCCAAGCAGUGCAGGAAGUGGCUCUGCAACGAAGCUCUUCCCCCAACAUCCCGGCGAUGGGCCAUCGAGGGUCUGGCUUACCUCACGCUGGACGCCGAUGUGAAAGAGGACCUGGUGGAGGACAAGAAAGCCCUUCAGGCCAUGUUUGAGCUGGCUAAGUCUGAAGACAAAACAGUGUUAUAUGCAGUAGGAUCGACGCUGGUUAACUGCACCAACAGCUAUGAUGUUGAGAAGCCAGACCCUCAGAUGGUGGAACUGGCUAAAUAUGCUAAACAGCACGUACCCGAGGAGCACCCAAAGGAUGCCCAGUCGUUCGUAGGGAAGAGAGUGGUGAAGCUCUUGGAGGCCGGGGUGGUGUCAGCGUUGGUUUGUAUGGUGAAACAGGAAAGUCCUGCCCUCACAGAAGCCUGCAGAGAGUGUAUCGCCAGGGUAAUUUUGGCUCUGGUGGAGAGACAGGAGGACAGAGGGUUAGUUGUGGCACAGGGAGGAGGAAAAGCCUUACUACCGCUAGUUUCAGAGAGCACAGAUCGGGGUAAGAUCAAAGCAGCGCAGGCUUUGGCCAAAAUCACCAUCACAUCCAACCCUGAGAUUGCAUUUCCUGGCGAGAGGGUCUAUGAGGUGGUGAGACCCCUGGUCAGUCUUUUGGCACUUGAUUGCACGAUGCUGCAGAACUUUGAGGCUCUGAUGGCCCUUACCAACCUGGCUGGCAUCAGUGAGAGACUCAGGCAGAAGAUCAUCAAAGAGAAAGCUGUGCCUAAAAUAGAGGGCUACAUGUUUGAGGAGCACGACAUGGUCCGAGCUGCUGCCACGGAGUGUAUGUGCAACAUGGCCUUAAGCACUGAGGUGCAGAAAAGUUACUUGGCUCCAGGAAGUGACCGUCUCAAGCUGCUGGUGCUCUACAGCGGUGAAGAUGAUGAGCGGCUGAGGAAGGCAGCGUCAGGCACACUGGCCGUGCUGACCGGAGAGCUGCCCGAGCUGUGUACACGUAUUCCCGACACGACGAGCCACUGGCUGGAGAUCUUCCAGGCUCUGCUGCUCAGCGAAGGUCAGGAUCUGCGGCAUCGCGGGGUGGUCAUCGUAAUGAACCUCAUGCAGGCCAACAAAAGUCUGGCAGAGAAACUGAUGGAGAGCGAGGCUCUGGAGAUCCUCUCGGUCCUGGCUAAAGGAGACGAUCCCAAACAGGCCUCUGUUCAGAAAGCCGCCCAGCGCUGUUUGGAUCUGGCUAUUGAGUACGGGAUCAUUCGGAGCAACGAGGGCGGAGUCAAUGGUAAUACCAUGUGAUGGGGCGUUAAAAGCCGCACAUUUCAUACUGUCUACAGAGACCAAAUAUUACGUUUAUUCACAUCCCUUCCGUUACAUGCACUCAAUUUAUUUUACACGCACAUUCCAAAAUAUAUAGAUUUGUUAACUGCCCUUAUAUGUGUGGUGAGCCCACACUGAAAGUAUUGAGCGUAUUUAUGCCCUGGCACAUUUGUAUAUUCAGGUCUUAAUUGUUGAAUGUGAAAUUCUUUUUUUUACAUAAACACUAGUUUUGUUUCA